AUGCCCAACGCAAUUGUUACUGGUGCCACCGGCAUUCUCGGCCGUGAGAUUGUCUUUGAACUUGGCAAGGAUACCAAAACAUGGCCCACAGUAUAUGCUUUGUCUCGCAGCAAGAAAGAAGACUACCCGUCGAACGUCAAGCACACCCACCUCGACCUCCAAGGUAAUCCUGAAGACAUGGCAAAGGAACUUGAACAUAUCGACGCCGAAUACGUCUUCUUCACUGCCUAUCUAGCCCAAGAUGACGAGGAUGAUGCAACAAAAGUCAACGGCGACAUGCUCCAGAACUUCAUCUCUGCUCUCAAGCUCACUGGUGCCGCAAAGAAGAUCAAACGCUUCAUCUUGACCACCGGCUGCAAACAAUACGGCGUGCACUUUGGCGCUCCCAAAAACCCCAUGCAGGAAUCCGACCACUGGCUCAAGAACCCAUCCUACCCCUCAAACUUCUACUACCGCCAACAAGAAAUCCUAAAGAAAGAAGCAGAGGAGAACAAAUGGGAAUGGACAGUCACCUACCCCAACGAUGUGGUCGGCGUAGCAAAAGGCAACUUUAUGAAUCUGGUCUCUGCAAUCGGCAUUUACGCAUCCAUCUGCAAGGAACUCAAUCAACCACUCAUCUGGCCAGGUUCCCCUCACUUUUACACUAAAUUCGAUAGUCUGACUUCUUCAACCCUACAUGCGAAAUUCAACACCUGGGCAGCAUUUGCACCCGGCGCCGCAAACCAAGCCUUCAAUGUCGUCAACGGCGACGUUGAGUCCUGGCAAAACCUCUGGCCCAAAGUCGCUGCAAAAUUCGGCCUCAAGAUUCCUGAANAAAUGUUCGAAGAUAAAGACUUCAAAAAUGACUUUGGCGAUCAAGGACUCCUCAUGCCUCUGAAAGAAACCCCUCCCAUUUCUGAAUUUGCAGCUGAGUCUGGACUUCUCGAAACCCCAGCCCUUGAACAAUCGCUCGUAGAAGCCAAAAUCGAUUUGAGCAAAUGGGCACAGAAAAGCGAAGUCAAGAAAGCGUGGAAACAGCUCGCUGAACGAGAAGGAUUGGAUGCUUCUGCAUUUGACAAUGCUACAUGGAUGUUUUUGAACUUUGUGCUGGGAAGAAACUUUGAUUUGGUGAUUAGUAUGAGUAAAGCUAGAAAAGCUGGAUGGACUGGCUAUGCAGAUACUUGGGAGAGUAUUGAGGAGGCGUUGGAGAGGUUGGUUGGUGAGAAGGUUGUUCCUGCUUUUGAGUGA